GGGGGUCCAGUAUGACAGUGUUUCUUCACUGAGAGCAGCCAUUCUAAGUGCAUGGAACUCAAUUCCAGAAAGUGUAAUUCAAAAUCUCGUUGACAGUAUGCCAAAUAGAAUCCUCGAAAUUAUUCGUGAAGUAGGUGGUCUAACUAAGUAUUAA